AUGUCCUUCAAUCCAUUCAGACUAGGGGCAAAUCGGAAUACACUUAUUCCGGCUCUUUCCCAGUACGAGCGCAUACAGGAAAUCGAAGAGGGUUCAGAAGGCUAUGUUGAGGCCUGGAGAAAUUCGCGCACGGGCUCGCUCAUCGCUGUCAAGGUCGUCUCUCGUUUACGGCCAGUGGGGGAGCUCACGGUUUUGCUGAACCUCAUGCCUCACACGCACAUCAUAGAUUGUCUGGGCUACAUUGAGGGCCAACCUUCCCCACGUGAUUUGACACUCUUGCUCGAAUACUGCCCUGGAGGCGACCUCUUCCAGGUCCAAUCUCGGAAUUUGGGAGCAGGGAACGACGGGACGUUUUCGGAAGAGUUCAUGUGGGUAUCAACAUGGAGCAUCCCUGGAGACGCUCCGGUUGGAGGACGAUAUUACACCGAGACCUAA